AUGGGUGCCGCCAGUACCGGGGCCGAGUCGCUGGAGUGCUGCAACUCCACCAGCCAGCCUCCGCCAACAGCCGAGAACCAACAGCUCGGUGCGGGGGCAUUAGGGCGUGCUGGGCAACAGCAGCAGCAGGACGGCAAUCAGCAGCAGUCAGCAGCGCGGGAUCCGAUCAAGCCCCCGAGUAGCCUGCCACUCUCCAGAUCCCAGACCGAUCACACCUCACGCUAUCAACGGCAGCAGCAGCAGCAGCAGCAGCUAGACAUUGCGAAUAACAAUAGCCACCAGCAACAGCAACAGCAGCAGGAGCAUCAGGAGCAUCAGGGCCAGCACCUGUACGUGAACCCGGUGCAGGGCUUCCUGAACUACGAGCUGUACCUGAAGCACACCCUGAGGCCCGACCCGACGGAGCACCCGGAGUAUCUGAACCACCUGAACAACAACCACAGCGGCAGCCACCAGCCGCCGGCGGUCGGGAACGGGGCAACGUACACGAGCGGGGUGGUCAGCACGAAGCUGGCGCCACUCGCGACCGCCGGCACGAUGUCACUGUACUCGGAGUACACGGUCGACACGCCGCUCACGCUCGACACCAGCAACCUGUCCGGGUCCUGCCAGUGUCUGUUCGUCCGCUACUGCCGGGCCCGUGCCAGCAGGCGUUCCUCCACCACCGCCGGCAAGGGUAAAGGGUGCAAGGGCGAUCGGCAGCUGGCCACGGCACCUGGCGCGGCCGGUGCCUCAUUGGCACCGGUCAAAGAGCAGGACCCGAAGCCCAAACCGGCGGGUGGUGGCGGGGGAGCUCCUAUGGCCGCCAGGAAUCGUGGUGGGGGGGCGGGGGGCCGUGGGGGAGCUGGGGCCACCGAUACCGAUCCGCUGAUGCGGCGGCCCCGCCGCAAGAAGGACACCAGCGAGCAGGACCUGGCGACCAAGCAGCAACAGCCGGCGGCGCAGCCACAGCACCAGCGCCACCAGCAGCAACAGUCGACGCAGGGGGGAGGCGGCGCCGACGGUGACGAUGACGGUAGCGGUAACCCAUCACAUCCUUCACCAACCGAAACCCGCUCCAAACCGGAAAAGCCGGAGAACGGUGAAGUUUUUGGUCCGGACGUAGAGGGCUCCGAUACCCCGUGGCUGCCGCUCGACUGCUUCUUGGAGGCUGUAAGUAUCGAACAGACGCUAUCGCACCAGAGCCAGCACACCCAGUACACCAGCAUUACCAGCGGCGGUGCUUGCAAGUCGUCACUAGUCACUAGUUCGAGCCGUAGUCGUAGAAGUAGUAGCCGUAGUAAUAGUAGUAGUAGCAAUAAGCAAUAG